CAAGAGUCGGUGUGGUGGCGCGGCAAGCGCGGGUUCCGCGUGGGAUUCUUCCCGCACCACUGCGUGGCCGUCAUCGGAGACAAGGUCCCCCGACACAUGGCGCAGCCGCCCCCCAUCGUCGGCUCAGUGGCAGUGGCUCCCAUCAAACCAGUGCUCCGCAAGCACGGCAAGUUGAUUUCCCUGUUCCGGAGCUUCAUACUAUCCCGGCCGUCCCGCCGCAGCCUCAAGCAGCAGGGAAUUUUGAGGGAGAGAGUCUUCGGUUGCGACCUUGGGGAGCAUCUACUCAACUGUGGCCAUGAUGUGCCGCUGGUGCUGACGGUGUGCGCGGCGGCGAUCGAGGCGCGCGGCGCCGUCGACGGCGUGUACCGGCUGUCGGGCGGCGCCGGCCUCACGCAGCGCCUGCGGGCCGCCCUCGACGCCGGCCGGCCCGACCUGCGGCCGCUCGCGGCGCAGCUGGCCCGCGACCCGCACGCGGUGCCCAGCCUGCUCAAGAUGUACUUCCGGGAGCUGCCGAACCCGCUGUGCACGUACCAGCUGUACGAGAGCUUCGUGUGCGCCGUGCAGGCGGCGGACGAGCGCGCCAAGCUGCGUGCCGUCAGGGACGCCGUCGCCAAACUACCGCCCCCGCACUAUCGGACGAUGGCGUACCUGAUGCGGCACCUACGCCGCAUAUCGCUGCUGGGAGCGCAGACCGGCAUGACGGCGCGCAACAUGGCCAUAGUGUGGGCGCCCAACCUGCUGCGGUCACCACGCCCACAGCACGCGCUGCAGGGCGUCGCCGUGCAGGCGGUGGUGACUGAAUUCCUUAUUUGCUACGCGGAGGAUCUGUUCGCUCAAGAGCAAGCGGCUGACUCAGGCGAUUCGGGGCCAGAUUCACUUGAACAGGACCGUUGCGAUUCUCUGGUGGAGUUACGUGGACAGGACUCUUGUAGACGUCCGAAGAGUUUACCGCUCAACCCGCCUACUAAAUUGUUAAGCCUGGAGGAGGCGCGGCGGAGGGGUCGGCCGGCGGCACCGGGCAGUCCGCGGCUGCCGGCCUCGGGCGCCAUCGCGCGCGCCGCGCAGCCCUCCCCGCAGCUGCGGCCCUCCGCGCACCUGCGGCCCAAGUACAUCGAGGUUGGUUCUGGUCCCAACAAUCUGCCGCAGUAUCACACCGUCUUGGAACUACCAUUACCAGGUGCCAAGCGCGGAUUGAAACGGUCACCGUCGGGUUGGCGCGGCCUGUUCUCACGCACAAAGCAGCAGCGACCGCCAGCCGCCGCGCAUACGUCAUCUCAACGUGCCCAGCAUCCCGCUCUCGAGGGCGGCGCGGAAGCGGAAGCGGGGGCCGAGGUAACGGCCCUGGAGGCAGAGCCGGGUCCCCCGGGUCCCGCGGGUGCCCCGGGUGCGCUGCGGCCCGUGAAGUCGUGCGAGUCGCUGUCGUCGGACUGCGACACGCUGCCGCCGCUGCACCCCAGACUCGCGCCGCUCAAGCACCACACCAGGUCGUCGUCGUGCGACUCGUACUUCGAGCCGUGGCAGGCGGAGCUGGCCGACAUGCGGCUGAGACUGUCGCCGCAGGAGCGGGACCACCACAUGUUCAGCGAGGAGGACGACACGCAUCUGCACGGACUCGAACACGACGCACAGGGCUCCAGCGCGUGCUCGUCGCCGUCGGGCACGUGGUGCAGUGCGGACGGCAGCCCCGCCCCGCUGCGGCACUGCGUCGACGUGCACAGAGACACGCACGGGCGCCGCAACGUGCUGGAGGAGCAGGCGGCGGCGCUGGGCUACAUUGACGGGGAGUCCCCGAGGAGGCCCGCGCGGCCCGCGCCAGAGAAGCGCGCGCCCAGCCCGCACCGCCCCGACGUCGCCAAGAGGUACCCGCGCACCCCACGCCCGCCACACUCGCCACUCUCGCCACACUCGCCACUCUCCCACACCCGCCACGCUCCCUCCGCGCCCGAGAAGCGCGCGCCCAGCCCGCACCGCCCCGACGUCGCCAAGAGAUUAUGCAAAAAUAGAGAGGGUCCGGUGGCCGCGGUUCCCGAUUUCCAAACGUCACUAUCCAACGUGAAACUGAGAGAACGAAACUCACCAAGAAAAACCAAAAACACAUCACGGUAUAGCGGUAUGCACCACCCUGUGUCGAUCCCUGACGAGAAACCCGUAACAGUACAUUCUCGACUUAGUUGGCACGGCAAAGACGGUCAUUCUACUUUAAUAAAGAUAGAUUGGCCAAUAGAGAACAAUUCAAUUAGCAAUCUAACGACAAGUACACUAAAUUCUAGCCCCCUGACUCCUGUAACGCCGGUCUACGACCCACUGGAAAGUGACUCAGAAGUCAGCGAAGCUAAUAUACACACAAUAAAAAUUAAAAACAAUGAAUGCGAUAAUUGUACAGAAGAUAAAUGUCUCAAGUGUGAAUUGAAAGAUGCAGACUACGAAAAUGUUGAUGACGUCGUAGAAAAUGUUGAUAAUUAUACAGAAAACAAUUUACAUGAUAGUCUAGAGCAUACUCCUAUCCAUUCGACUGAUAUAAGUUACCAAAAUUUAAAUAGAUUAUCAGCUGUUUCGACAUCUUCCAACUCCGAUCCAAAUUCGGAUAAAAAGAAGGAUGUUAAUUACGAAAAUUGUGACUUGAAGGUGAUGACAUCUUCGCAUGAAAGUUCGUCAAGUUAUUCGAACAUCAGUUUAACUAAACAGGAUGAAUAUGAAAAUUAUAACUUUUCAAGACCAAAUUAUAUUAAUCUCCAAUCAUCUAGUACUUCGAAAAGUUCUCCAGGAAGUCCGUUAAAGAGUCCCUUAAAGUCUACAAUUAGCAUUACAUUUCGUUCACCGACUAAAAGUAAAUCGUCCGACUACGAACCUAUAGAUGACAAUGACACGCCGUUAAAUGAAAGAGAUUCUGUGUACGAGGAUAUAGAUUUGGAGAAAAAUUUAUCAAUUGUUGAAGAAGCAUCUGUACCUGAAGCAGAUGCUAGCUUGCCAACCCAGCAGGCUUGUCAACCUAAAGAUUUUAGUGAAGAUCUAAUCAUUUUAGAAACUCCUACCGACGGAACCGAAGUCGAUGAUAACGUAGACGUCUAUAGUCAAGUGAAAUUCUUUAAAAAGAGUAUAGAAGAAGUAAACGCUAUGAUACUUGAAUCACCAGAGAAAGAAAGACACUAUGAAAAUCUUUCAUUUGCAGAGACGAGGCAAGAAUUUGAAAACAUUAACGUAGAGGCGUUAAAAAUCUGUGAUAAAGAUAUAGUAAUUAAUGAAUCCGUUGAUAAUGACAAAAAAGAAUCAAGUGAUGUUUUAGAAAGAGAGAAUGGCAAUAUAGUUAAGGAAAAAGUUUCGAAUUUGAAUGUUAGAGAAUUGGCCAUACGUUUCGAAAGUCCAACCGAGCAAAAAGGGCCAUUUACAUUUGAAAAGUUCAAAGCUGAAAUAAAAUAUCCUAGUCUAGAGCGCAAAGGUGAAGAUAAAAAAAUCAAUAUUGAAAUAAGGAAAAAGGAAGUAAAGCUACCCCCACCUGUGUCUCCUAAAGCAUUCAAACUAUCUAGAAACUCUAGUAAUGCCAGGUCACUAGAUGAGAAUGCGUUCAUAAAAGAAUUUGGGAGCGAAAGAACGUAUGUUGACCGACGGAAAAGUCUAGAAGUAAAAGAUGGGAAGAAACAUACAAAAUUCUUACCAGACUUGAACUUAAAUAUGGAAGAAAAUGAUCAUAAAAUCAGCAUAACGCCAACGACGGAAAACAAAAUAUGUUUGGUGCAAAGAAACGAGCGACCGAGCGACCUGAAGAAUUUAAUCCCAUUCGACUCUGAUAAGAAACUGAGUCGUGAACGUAUAGAGAAAUACAAAGAGGAGCGACGGAACUUUCUACGGGAGAAAUACAGUUCGCAAUCUUUCAGAAGCAAUCCUGAACAAUUGACCAGGAUAAAGAUAAAGAAAGACCAGGAAACGAUAGAGACGUGCGAGAGAUUAAAAGACGAUUUGCCCAAGUUUGAGAGACGGAACACUGUAGAUUUGGGGCAGCGUAUGAGGUUUUCUCUAGCGAGGAGCAGUCACAAUUUAGACACGAUUCCCUCCCCCACUAGUCCGGAGAGAGGGUUUUGUAAAAAGGACGGCGAAAGCAGUAAACGAGAACGGAGCAGAGACUUUGAAAGGAAUGAGAAGGUGUCCCCAUCGUACAACAUUCGCGACAUGGCGGCCAUGUUCGAGCAGAAGUCGCAAUGCAACCCGACCACCGGUUGACACGCGCUUAAAUCGUGAACACCGCACGAUUAAACGUUCAGCCAUCCGCACCAAGCAGGUGGUACGUUCAACUUUAAGUCAGUCAUUAGGAUUGAAGCGACGCGUGACUGAUUCGUGGUAUUUUUACAAAUAUUUUUCUUGUCAUCAGUGGUUCAGUUGAUUGUAUUGUUCUUUUUUAUUAUUUUUAAUUUUGUAAUUAUACACAUAUAAAUGUGAUAUUUACUAUGUUAUUAUAUAUGAGCUCCCGUCAGUCUCUCCCACUCGUAGACUCAGAGACCUGUGACAAAAACGUUUGUCACAUAUAUCGUAAUAUCGGUAACUCAUAUGUAAUAUUAUUAUUGUGGUUACUAAUAAAUAAUCGACAGUUAAUUUUAUUGUCAAAUUGUAUUUUUUAUUGUAAUGGCUACGGUUUUAUAUUGCUAUAUGUGUAGUCACAUUAAUCGAUAAUUACCACGAUACCACGAUUCAGUCGUAGUGGUAAAAAUACCACAGAUCUGAGCGAACAGAGCAGCGCGUCGCUCCAACUCGAAUUGUUUUUGUUAUUUAUAUAUUAAUAAGUAGAUAUACGCACUGUGAAAUAUAUUCCAGAAAUAUAACUAUUACAGUAUUUAGCUUACGUUAUUAUAAGCUUUAUGUGCGUUAUUAUAUAGUUUAAAAUGCAAAAGCUAAAAUGAUAUUCGAAGUUAAUGAA